GUGCUCACUAUGAAGAGGGAGCUGGCCCUCCUCAGCCUGGCCUUCCUGUCGCUCGUGCCGUCUGGACAGCCUCAGUCUCAGCAGACAGCGGACGACGCCUGCUCCGUGCAGAUCCUGGUCCCCGGCCUCAAAGGGGACGCUGGAGAGAAGGGAGACAAAGGCGCACCAGGACGGCCUGGAAGAGUGGGCCCCACGGGAGAAAAAGGAGACGUGGGUGACAAAGGACAGAAGGGCAGUGUGGGUCGCCAUGGAAAAAUUGGUCCCAUUGGUUCCAAAGGUGAAAAGGGGGUUUCUGGUGACAUGGGACCCCCUGGCCCCAAUGGAGAACCAGGGGUCCCCUGUGAGUGCAGCCAGCUGAGGAAGGCCAUCGGGGAGAUGGACAACCAGGUCACCCAGCUGACGUCGGAGCUGAAGUUCAUAAAGAAUGCUGUCGCCGGCGUGCGGGAGACCGACAGCAAGAUCUACCUGCUGGUGAAGGAGGAGCGGGCGUACGUGGACGCGCAGCUGUCCUGCCAGGGCCGGGGCGGCACGCUGGCCAUGCCCAAGGACGAGGCCACCAACAGCCUCCUGGCCGCCUACAUCGCGCAGGCCGGCCUGGCCCGCGUCUUCGUGGGGAUCAACGACCUGGAGCGGGAGGGCGCCUUCAUGUACGCCGACCGCUCCCCCAUGCAGACCUUCCACAGGUGGCGCAGCGGGGAGCCCAACAAUGCCCACGAGGAGGAGGACUGCGUGGAGAUGGUGGCCUCCGGGGGCUGGAACGACGUGGCCUGCGGCCUCACCAUGCACUUCCUGUGCGAGUUCGACAAGGAGCACGUGUGA